UUCACACAGGUCUAGUGUCUGUCUGACUCAGAAAACGUGAAGAGCAACAGAGAUGCACAUCACAGACAUCGAUCAAUGAAAGAAAAGAAAUGAUGAGAUCACUGCUUAAUUUCACACUCGGAGCUCAAAACAUCAGUCUGGUCAAUGGUUUAGAUGCCUGCUCUGGAAGAGUUGAGAUAUUUUAUACUGGCACGUGGGGGGCAGUGUGUGGUCAAUCCUGGGACAUUGAUGAUGCUGCUGUGGUGUGCAGACAGUUGGGAUGUGGAAGAGCUGUUAUUGCAGAUGGCCAGUCUCUUUUUGGGGUAAGGGGUAAUGUCUGGCUGAGUGAGGUCAACUGUAAGGGAAACGAGUCAUCCAUCACACAGUGCUCUCAAAGGAAUGGAAAUAAUUGUCCUCAGAGUAACGAAGCUGGAGUCAUAUGUUCAGCUUCUUCAGUUAUUAUCAUUGGUGUUGUGGUAACAGCUGUACUGCUCAUAUUGUCUGCACUGCUGAUCAUUUUACUGGUGAGGAGGAGACGAAAACAAAAGAAAAUCCAAAUAUGCUCCCGUUCAGAAGUUAAUAUGCAAGAUGUGCUCCAUAAUGACCAGAAUGAAGAGACUGCUGAGGAUGACUAUGAGCUUGUAGAUAUGGAUGAUGGUGAUCAUGAUGAUGUAAACUCUGAGUCUGACUCUGAUCAAGAUUACGUUAAUGUAGAUCGCGAUGACUCUGAACAAGACUACGUCAAUGUGGAAACAGAUUAUUCAGAACAGGACUACGUCAAUGUUAAUGUUACAGAAAACAGAAGUACACUGGACAGUAACUAUGAAGAUUUAUGAAAGCUAUUUGAUGGAAAAAUUUCACAAAAUAAAAGACCCAGUACCUUCUGAAUGGAUAACAGUACUAAAUAUCAGACGAGACCAGAGUCCAUUGCUACACACAAAUGGAGCCAGAAUUGCCGGGCAAGGAACAAGUAAAGUCUGCAGUGUAUUAUUCAUUAUAUCCAAUAAUAAAUGUCCAAGUAUAAAUUAUUCUUUGUAUAUGAAGAGAACAAAGACUCUUUGUACAUUACUUUAAAUUAUCUUUAAAUUAUCUAGAAAUCUCUGGAAUGUAAGUGUGGAUUAUCUUUUCCUGUAGCAAAGCAUCAAUUUGUCUAUUUGACUGAAAAAGGUGGCACUAACAAAUUAGCAGUUGUUAACAGAGCUUUAGCAACAAGUAUGAACUUUUAUUAAAAGUGAUAUAGUGUUUUUGACAGCUUCUCAAGAGAGAAAGCAGUAGCUGUAUCCGUUCACAGUGUGACACAACUACCCACAACUCCCCACAACCUGUCUGCUGUGUGUCUUUGUCUCUCAGUUGUUAUUGUUAGACAACAGCAAAUGAGUUACUGUUACUGUGUGAUGUCUGCCUUUUAUCAUGACUGCCCACUGGAUACCUAAAUAGUUUAAUUUAAAAUAAAAUGUUUAAACAACAUUUAAACAAAGAGUUUAAUAUAUGUUAUAAAUAAUAUAUAUUACUAAUAUAUGUAUUCUACAAAAAUUGCCACUGAAUAAAGCUGUCAUAUUAUAAAAUUACAACUGCAAACCUGUAAAUCCAUCCUUUUUUAUUUCUCUGGGCUAAGGAAAUCCUGAACAUGUUGACAUUGUUUCACAGUCUCUGCGCUCUGCAUGUGCAAAAGGGCACUUCCUCAAAUCUGCUUAACAGCUUAAUCAAUGUGUUAACUUAUUCUGAGAACAGAGUUAUUCUCUGAAUGUGUUAAAACACAGCCUGAAAAUCACCACGACUAGGAAAUCCAACUGCUACACUUUAACGCCAUUUCAGAGUACUGCGUAUCUGAUGUGGUUUCUUUAUUCCCCUUUGUAAUUUCUAUCACAUGUAAACAGUUAGUUUCACUUCUUUGCAGAGACCAUUUGACAUUUUACAUAUGUAGUCAUUAAUUAAAUGAAACAUGAAUACUAACAUUUACUUGAAGCAUUGGCUUAUAGCAUUUGUUAUCAAUGAAGAAAUACAGCAUCU